CGACCCCUUCCGCCCGCUUCAUUCGAAACAGUCCACGAUCCUUCUCCCACCGUCUCUUACCGCCCUUCUCUGACCUCUUCGUCCCCCCUUCCCAAAUAAUAAUAUAUUUUUUUUAAUAAGGAGGCAAUAAUGAAUUUAGUAACUCAUAAAGCGGAAAGGCCACUUGCAUUGGUCCUUAUCAUAUAUUUUUCUCUCUUUCUUUAUAUAUAGUGGGAAAAGGCAUUGCAUCUCCAAAGUGCUCCUAAAGCUUUUCCUGGUCUCUUUAGUCCGGAGAAGGGAGGGAUCAGGAGCAUGCAUUGCUAGUCGUCAUCUCCUCCUGCUUGGUCUCUCCUCUUAGCCAGAGGUAAUUGGCCGCUGUUGAAGGGUGUGGACUUUCCAUCAGCAUCGAUAUUGGAGUCCUUGGUUCUACAUAGAUACAAAAAACAAUGGAUUCCAACGAAAACGACGUGAAAAAGGAUGAGAUCGAGGUAGAACUUGGAAAGUGCCGAAGGGAUCACAUCCCUGUUUGUAUCCCGACUGUUGAAAAGGAACUUUUGGAUCGGAAAACCCGCAAGAAAAGAUUUCUGGACUUCUUAAAAGCCCAUCCAUCCAAGGAUUGGUUCCUCAGUUUUGGCUUCAUUGGUAGGUUAUCUCCUUUCACCUUCCUAAAGCGAAUGGGAAGCCAAAGGAAUGGCUCUUCUCCACCUGAUCCUGCUCCCGGUGGUCGAUGGCGGCAUUUCCAUGUUCAAUUCGCCAGGAAGAUCAACUGGGUGGCCUUGUCCAGGUACUGCAAGAACUGGGCAAAGCAUCCCAUGCACAUGGCUCUUCUUGUCUGGCUCUUCUUCGUCGCCGCCGGCAUCAUCAUGCUCUUCCUCCUCAUGACCGGCCUACUGAACGGUGCGAUACCGAGCAGCGCCGUCAGAAAGAGGUGGACUGAAAUCACCAACCAAAUCCUCAAUGCUCUCUUCACCAUCAUGUGUCUCUAUGAGCACCCAAAAUUGUUCCACCACCUAAUACUCCUAUGCCGAUGGAGAUCGAGCGACACCGCUGAGCUGAGGCAGGUGUACUGCAAGACCGGAGCUCACCGGCCUUAUGAGCGGGCUCACAUGAUGCUCGUCGUAGUCCUUCUCCACAUCACUUGUUUAUGCCAGUACGCCAUGUGUGCUCUCUACUGGGUUUACACCAGAAAAACGCGGCCGGACUGGGCGGUGAACCUCCUGAUGGGCCUUGGGGUUGUGGCGCCGGUCAUCGCCGGUCUCUACGUCGUCUACAGCCCCUUGGGGAGGAAGUAUGAAUCCAUGACAGAUGAAGAGUCGCGGCAUGAAGUAGCCAUGGCUACUAAACCAGAAGCAGGUGAGAUGAAACAGUACUCCAAAAUGGUAGUGGUGACAAGCCCAGAGUGGGUGGGAGGGCUCGUUGAUUGUUGGGAUGAUCUCACUGCGGCCUACCUCUCGUUCUUCUGCACCUUCUGUGUCUUUGGGUGGAACAUGGAAAGGCUUGGCUUCGGUAAUAUGUACGUCCAUAUCGUUACAUUUAUGCUGCUAUGCAUUGCUCCUUUCUGGGUGUUCUAUGUCUCGGCCCUCAACAUAGAGGACGACGUGAUUAGAUACAUGGCGAGGAUUACAGGCAUCGUGCUCUGUUUUCUUGGCUUACUCUAUGGAGGCUUUUGGAGGACUCGGAUGAGGAAAAGAUUCAAACUUCCUGGGAAUCCUUUCUGUUGUGGUUAUCCAAAUGUGACUGAUUGCAUGCAGUGGCUCUUCUGCUGGUCAUGCUCUCUGGCUCAGGAGGUGCGGACGGCGAAUUUCUACGACGUCGAGGAAGACAGCUUCUAUCGAAAAGAAAUAUUGGGGGAGGAGAGCCGCCCAGCCUUGCGGCCUCUGCCACGAGAAGGUGGACUGGGGCCAAUGGUUGCACCAAGCUACCCAAUUCUGAGCAAAUCUAGCCCAGCUACAGAUGAGAACAGCAAAUCAAAUUCUGAUGGAACAGCAGCAGAUUGUACUUCUGAGGAUUCGGCAAUCACCACCAAAACAGAGGUUUCGACGUCUGAGAAUGAUUAUACGACGAAACCACCUAUUCCGCCAGUAAUUCAGCUUGAAGAUAACCAACCUGUUGAACAAGAGAAGAGAUAGGUUUGCGAGUGGUGGACGGCUCAGCAAGAAUCGGGGGUGGAUGUCCGCAAGUUUCCUUUGUCAGAUAGGAGUCUGGUCUUUUCAGAGAUUCUUGAGAGUGGAUUUUUUUGCCUGCCCUCGAAAAAAAAAAAAAAAAAAAAAGAACAUUCAUGAGACUGUAAAAAGUUUGAUCUCCUUCUUUAUCCUAGUUAUUCAUAAGAAAAUUCAUUAUGCAAUGGAAAUUGUUAUGGAGUCAC